CCUUGGUCUAGUCAUAACUUCAUAAGUCAUUGUGAGUUGCGAGUUGAGACCUGGGCGAGCUACUACUGUGUACGAGCUUUAAUUUAAAUAUAAAACAGGCUGGAAAAUACAACAAUGCCUAAGGGAGAAGACUCUCAUAGUCUUCUUGAACCCGGUUUCCAUGUGAAGACUCGUUAUAGGAAGACUGGGUGCUAUUUUUUCAUUAUGGGAGUCACAACUGCACUUUCUGUGGCAGCUUUAACUUUGGCUUUGUACCAGGUUGUUUCAUCUCGGCAACUUGUUUCAUCUCGGCAACUUGUGCAUGUUGCAUCAGGAGGAUUGGAGACAACUUGGCCCCCUCCACCACCUUAUUGGCAAGUGACCAAGAUAGCAAGAUAUGUUGUACAUACCUCAGACUGGGCAUCUAUUGCAACAAUCUCCACUUUACCAGCUUUUGAGGGUUUUCCAUUUGACAACAUACUAAGUAUCAGUGAUGGCCCCAUAAAUCAAUCAAGUGGCAUCCCAUACAUGUACUUGACUGCAAUGGACUUCACUGGAAAGGAUUUACUGAGUGAUCCACGGGCUACACUAGUACUUUCACAGGCUCAAUCUGAUUACUGCAAAAGCAAAGCUUUUGAUCCAGAAGACCCCCGAUGUGCACGCAUCAUUCUCACUGGCAAUGUUGUUGUGUUAGAGAAUGGAACUGCAGAGGCAAGUGCUGCUCAAACUGCAUUGUUUUCAAGGCAUCCUGCCAUGGAAUCUUGGCCUACUGGUCAUCAUUGGUUCUUCUGCAAGUUGGACAUCAAAAACAUCUAUGUUUUGGAUUUCUUUGGUGGUGCAGCUCCAGUGGAUCUUGAUGAAUACUAUAAAACUGACCCAUUUCCUUAGAAGUCUAAUACUCUUGCAGUGUCGGGAUUUAAGUUCAAGAGAAGACAUAUCUCCUUUUUUUAGAUAUGUUAAAAACUUGAAUGAAAGAAUAGCUUUCUAAAUAUUAUUACAAGAGUAAAAAUGUGAAUUUUCAUCCUUAUCAAAUGGUAUUACAAUGGAACGAAAAGAAAAUUAUAACAGAGUGCACUGUUAUUAGAGAAACACUACAAAGAAUGGUUUAUUUUUUAUAGAUUUAAUCAGUCCCAGUAGAAUAUAGUGUAUGCUCAAAGUUAGCAUAUAGAUUGUAGUAAAAGGUCAUUGUGAUAAUUUUGAGAUGAUCUAGAAGACUGUGGUGUAUUAUUAAGGUAACCUGUAUUUUCUUUAGCUCUUAAAUUUUUUUUAAUAGUACAGGAACUAUUAAAUUACUAGUCAAUAUGACAAUAAGGGUAGAUUCAUAAGAAGUAAUAUUAACAACAUGUGUAAUUUCUGGGUUGUGAUUAAAGCUAAUUGUGUUCAUGAUCAGCUGUUUAAAGGUCAAAUUUAUUAAUAUUGACCAUGGUAAAUUUAUGUAGAAAAGUUCUUAUGUUGAUGAGUUGUUUACAGGUUGUGAUAAUCAACAAGAUUUAAACAAAUUUCUCUACCUUUUCUUUUAAUAUGCCUAUUUCAUCUUACCAAACCCUUUUUUAUCUGUCCAACACUUUUUCCACAUUCACAUCUUCAUAUUUCUGCAUCCUGUUCAUGUCACAAUUGGCUGUCAAACAUCUUCUCUUUGUUGCUAAAUGAUUUACCAUGCUAUUCAUCAUCUUUAACUUCUUUGACUUAGUUUUCUCUACAUAUACAGUAUUCCUUAAUGCCAAUUUUACGUACUUUCUCUUCUUUGUUUUGUGAUUCAAUACUAAUUGUUCUAUAUCUUGACAUGUCCACUCACAAAUAUGAGAAACACUUAACUUGUUCCAUGCUGUCUUCAUUCUAACUAAAAUUAGUGUUUAGCCUAUGGAUCAUCAACAAGUGACCAGUGAGUUAUGACGGAUCCAUUCUGGUUAUUGAGUACACUAAUGUUAUCAUUUAUUACCUGUUCCAAAAAACUCAGACUUAGUUAAGGAACUGCUGCAUAGUCUGAUCUUUCCUGUUGCUCUCUACACUUGUCCUGCAAGAGUUUCCUUACCUAUUUCCCCCUUCUUGAGGUUCCUUGAUCCACCACAUACAAAAAUGUCAGAGGACUAAUAUGAUUGGCAGAGAUGUAAAUUUUUAAUGUGAAAUUUGUGCCUUUUAUAAUAUACCUGUAGUCAU